AUGAUCAGUCCGCAUAAAACGUGUCGAAAUCACACUGGCCCAUUGUACGGACGCGUACCUGGCGGAGGCGGAACCCUCGUACUGAUGCGGGCCCCACCUAAUGUCCAGUCUCGUCCUGCCAUUGGCUCCCUGGAGAGAGAAAAAACCGGAAGUGGGGGAGGGAAAAUAAAAGCGGAGGCCGGUUUUCUCCCACCCGCUGUCUUUUUUUAUGGUAUUGUUGAGGAUCGGAGGGCUUUCGUGUGGUUUCCGUUUUCCUACGAUUCUGCUUUAGCUAAACCAGAGACAGCAAUGCCCCGGAAAUCGGGUGAGCUUAUAAUCCCUUCUAGCUUCGUUUUCUCUGUUGGAUCUGCGAUCCCUAACCUUUCUUUUUUCCGGUUUGCAGAGGGUUUGCAUCGGACAAACAUGGUGAGGGGAAGGACGGAGAUGAGGAGGAUAGAGAACCCGACGAGUCGGCAGGUUACGUUUUCGAAGAGAAGGAACGGGUUGCUGAAAAAGGCUUUUGAGUUAUCAGUGCUCUGCGAUGCUGAGGUUGGACUGAUCGUCUUUUCUCCUCGCGGGAAGCUCUACGAGUUCGCGAGUUCCAG